AGAUAAAAGCUAUUCAGACUACACUGUUGAAUGUUCUUCAGUAACGGCUUGGUGAAUCUUGGAAAUAGCUGAUCCCUGAAAGUCAAAACAUCAUGAAAUGAAAAGAAGUGUGACAUUUUACUGUGUUGGCGAUAAAAUAAAGAGCACUUGGUGUGCGGUUGAGGAUGCUGGGAACUUUGGUAACAGCAGUUCCCUGGUGGUGACCUUGGCAGCUGCCAUCUACUUCAUUCGCCGCAGUUUGCAGCAGUGUGGAGCAAUUGGAGAUGGGUUUGCUGAGACAAGGGGGGACUGGCGUCCACAGCCUGACUCAGGAUAUCAAUCAGGUAACAACCAGACCGGCCGAGCUCGGAUGACGUGUCGUCGCCGUCGCCACCCUGAUGACACGGAUGGUGAAAGUCAAUAUGGGAAGAGAGCAAACAUGUCUGACGCCCAGGGUGGAAGGGACCAAGACAUCAGCAAUGAGUGCGCUGUUUGUUUCGAAAAUGAGGGCAAUAUAGAGUUAUCUCCCUGCUCACACACCAACGUGUGUAUAGACUGUGUGAACAAGAUCAUCACUGACUUGGACCGGAGCUGCCCAUUCUGCAGGAGCUACAUUCAGGCAUAUGCCGUGGUUGUCGGCAGCAGAGCACCUAGAUCGACAUGAAGCAUUGUCAGCUGAUUAUGUGCAGACUCUAUUCCCUACCUGACAAAUUUUACCAUUUUGUUUGUUGAUCAAGUGAUACAAGUAAAUACAAAAUUGUUGGUAUUUAGAGAUUGAGUAGGGUCAAACUGUCUGUGGAACAUCAGUGGCUCAUCCUGAGAAAAAUGUCCUGCAAAGUGAUUAAGACGAACUUCAAGGUGGUGUGUGGUCAAGGUCGUUCGUUGUGGAAGAUGUGUGGCCAGAGCUGCUGAGGUGGUAGAUGUGUUACUAGGUAAUGCUGGCCUUUGAAGAUGAGUGACUAGAUCAUGCUGGCCUUUGAAGAUGUGCGACUAGAUCAUGCUGGCCUCUGAUGAUGUGUGACUAGGUCAUGCUUCCAUUUGAAGAUGUGUGACCAGGUCAUGCUUGCCUUUGAAGAUGUCUGUGGUUUGAAGCCUGGAGCUGCAUCUUAUGCUAGUAUACAAUAUUAUGAUAAUUUAUUUGUACAUAACUUUGUAUAGAUAUUUGGAACGGUUUUAUACUUGUUUCUUAUUUGGAAGUGUCAAUGAACUAGGGCCCACACAUGACCUUGACCUUGAGUCUAAGUCUGGCAGUAAUGGCAGAUGGGUCAGGCGUUUAUAUUUUUGUAAUUGAAACAAGACAGCACAGGCUGGGUACCAACAAUGACAUGAUCCAUCUUUUUAUCCACUUCAGCAUACAGAUUCAGAUUUAUGUAAUAUAGUUCUAAAGCAUGAUAUUGUCUUUACGUCAUAUCAUCGUCAGUUCUUGAAAGACUUUGUGAUCCCCACAAGGAAACAUUCCUGUCUGUGACAGCUUUGUCUGUAUUGUUUUGUCUGUGCUGUAGCUGAAGCUGGCGCUGCAUUUAUGAACAUAGUGAUUGCUGAGGGAAAUAUUGCUUUGAUGAGUUUGUGAACAUAGUGGUUGCUGAUGGUGUUGCUGACUUCCCCAACAUGCUGGUGGUGAAUAUUGCUGCUGCUGACUUCCUCAACAUGGGAAUUGCUGGUGGUGAAUAUUGCUGUUGCUGCCCUGGGAGGUGGGGUAGCCUUGUGAUUAAAGCAUCCGCUUGUCACACUGAAGACCCGGGUUCGAUUCCCUACAUGGGCACAAAGUGUUAAGCCCAUUACUGGUGUACCUCACUGUGAUAUUGCUGGAAUAUUGCUAUAAGCGGCCUAACACUAAACACACACUCACUGUUGCUUCCUAAUUUCUGGUGGUGAAUAUUGCUGUUGCUGAACAUAGUGAUCACUCUUGGAGAAGGUUCUUCUUGUAAAAUAUUUCUUAUUGUUGCAUCAGAAUUAAACACUAUGAAAGUUUAAA